CUGAUCUAAUCACGCGACAAAUCACUCAUGUCCUGAGUGCAGCCCACAGUAAACGCAGAGGACCUCCAGAAAUCUACGAGGUCAUGAAGAUCACCUACAUGGGCAUAGAGGCUCAUGACUCCUGCGAUUUUGACAUAAGCGUCCACUUUUGUGCAGCAGCUGACUUUAUCCACAGAGCUCUCAGCAGUGGAGGAGUAAGCCGUUCUGCGACCUUGGUCCUGGCUUACCUGAUGCUGAAGCAAAACCUGACUCUUGUGGAGGCUAUCUGUGCUGUGAAAGAUAAACGGGGCAUCAUCCCUAAUCGAGGUUUCCUCCGACAACUCAUCAAACUGAAUGGCCAGCUUUUUGGCAUGCUUCACUGAACCCUGUCUGAAACUAUAGCAUCACUGUUCAGCUU